UGAAUGAGUGAGGGGAGGGAGGAGAGUGGAAGAGGGGUACACGCUGAACAGAUGACAGAGAGAGACCAUAGGCGAAACGAAUGUGCAUGACAACUUCAGGCUAUAAAUUCCUGUAAAACAUUAGAAAAUAUAUCCCUAAAUUAAUAUUGGAGACAUUUAUUAGAAGCCGAAGUCCACAUGUGUUGUGAAAGAUGAGGCUCUUAUGCUGUGCUAUUGUGCUGCUAUCUGCAUCCUCCGCGGAGUGCCAGCAAAGAGGUCUCUUCCCCGCCAUCUUCAACCUGGCCAGUAAUGCAGAGAUCACCACCAACGCCACCUGUGGAGAGCCUGAGCCAGAGAUGUACUGUAAACUGGUGGAACACGUACCAGGACGACGCAUCCGCAACUCCCAGUGUCGGACCUGUAAUGCCCAGAGUCAAAACCCCAAAGAGCAACAUCCAAUCACCAACGCCAUCGACGGCACCAACGGGUGGUGGCAAAGCCCCAGCAUUAAAAAUGGCAGACAGUUCCACUGGGUGACCCUCACACUAGAUUUACACCAGAUUUUCCAGGUGGCCUACGUCAUCAUCAAGGCAGCCAACUCUCCUCGUCCUGGUAACUGGGUGCUGGAGCGUUCAAUGAACGGUGUGGAUUACACACCCUGGCAGUACUACGCCAUCAGCGACACAGAAUGUCUGACCCGUUACAACAUCACCCCCCGCCUCGGACCCCCCACCUACAAACGAGACGACGAGGUUAUCUGUACAUCUUACUACUCGCGGCUCGUACCCCUGGAGCACGGAGAGAUCCACACGUCUUUGAUCAAUGGGCGGCCCAGUGCUGACCAACUGACCUCAGAGUUGCUGGACUUCACCUCAGCCCGCUACAUCCGCCUGCGUCUGCAGAGAAUCCGCACGCUCAAUGCCGACCUCAUGACCCUGAGCUACCGCGACCCCAAGGAGGUGGACCCCAUCGUCACCAGACGGUACUACUAUUCAAUCAAAGACAUUUCAGUGGGUGGGAUGUGCAUCUGUUACGGACACGCCCAGAGCUGUCCCUGGGACCCCGUUGCCAAGAAGUUGCAGUGUGUAUGUGAGCACAAUACCUGUGGGGAGAGCUGUAAUGAGUGUUGCCCUGGCUACCACCAGGAACCGUGGCAACCGGGAACCCUCUCCGAUGGCAACACCUGCGAGAAAUGUAACUGCCACGACAAGGCCAACGACUGCUACUUUAACCAGACGGUGGCCAACCGCAAGAUGAGCAUGAACUCACAUGGUGACUUCCAUGGCGGGGGCGUUUGUAUCAGCUGUACCCAGAACACGGCCGGUGUCAACUGUGAGGCCUGCGCAGAUGGCUUCUACAGACCCAACAAGGUGUCUCCGCACAAUGAGAACCCAUGUGUGGAGUGCAGCUGUGACAUGAAGGGGUCUUUGACUCCUGCCUGUAUCAGAGAUGACAACCACGCCAAGCCUGAGAAUGGUCUGAACCCAGGCCAGUGUCUGUGUAUGGAGGGCUUUGCGGGCGAGCGCUGUGACCGCUGUGCCUUUGGCUACAGGGACUUCCCCCUGUGUUCACGCUGUGAGUGCAGUCUGGAGGGCAGCCUCAACAUCGACCCCUGCACAGAGUGCAUCUGCAAGGAGAACGUGAUGGGGGCCAACUGUGACCUGUGUAAGCAGGGUUUCUUCAACCUGGAGGGCAGUGACCCAGAGGGCUGCACUGAGUGUUUCUGCUUCGGCGUGUCUGACGUGUGUGAGAGCUCUCCCUGGUCUAUGUCUCAGACAGUGCACUCCAAUGGAUGGCUCCUUACCUCUGAAAGCGUCUCUGUCUACACGGCACCCCUCAUAGAUGAAGACAACAACCUCAUCAUCCCAAACAUCACCAUGAUCCAAGCGUACCGUUUUGUUUCUACAUGGGCCGCCCCAGAGUCCUUCCUGGGGAAAAGGCUGACAUCGUACGGAGGGUUUUUGAGCUACAGUGUGGCAUAUGAUGUUUCAGUGGACAACGUGGACAGGUCUCUGCCGUCACAGUUUGAUUUGAUCAUCGAGGGUAAUGGGAGGACCCUGCAUCAGAUGCCCCCCAGGCAGCUCUUGUUGACGCCCCUGAACGAGCAGCGUGUUUCUGUGCAGCUCUUGCCACAGGGCUUCGUAGACCUGCACACAGGUCAGAGGGUGGACAGGGACGAGCUGAUGACUGCACUGGCCGACGUGGCCGGGCUGAGGAUCAGAGGUCACCUCAAUGCCAGUGCAGAGGGGGAACUCAGAUUGAGCACUGUAUCUCUGGACAUGGUAGACAUCAAUUCUACUAACACAGUCCAGGCCCGGGACGUGGAGCAGUGUGAGUGUCCCUUGGGCUACUCUGGCACAUCCUGUGAGACCUGUUCAUCUGGGUUCUAUCGCCUCGGGGGGAUCCUGUUCGGAGGCAACUGUCUCCAGUGUGAGUGUAACAACCAUGCUACGGAAUGUGACAUCAACAGAGUGUGUCUGGACUGUACUCACAAUACCACUGGGCCCCACUGUGACCAAUGCCUCCACGGUUACUAUGGGAACCCAUCUGAGGGCACCCCGGAGGACUGCCAGAGAUGCGCUUGCCCGCUGCCAGUGGCAACGAACAAUUUCAGCCCCACCUGUCUCCUGGAGGGCCCUGGGCAGGUGACAUGUGACCGGUGUCAGCAGGGUUACACUGGGACUAAGUGUGAGAGGUGUGCUAACGGUUACCAUGGCGACCCGACGGUGGCAGGCCAGGAGUGCGUGCUGUGUGAGUGUAACGGUAACGUGGACCCCUGGCAGCCGGGCCACUGUGACAUCAGCAGCGGUGUGUGUCUGAAGUGUCACAGCCACACCAGCGGAGACCAGUGUGAGAGGUGUGAGGACGGCUACUACGGUGACGCCAUCACCGCCAAGAACUGCCAGGCUUGUGGUUGCCAUGACAAAGGGUCGUACUCGGGAGUGUGUGACCUGCUCACUGGACAGUGUACCUGCAAACCCAACGUGGUGGGAGAGAAGUGUGACCGGUGUCAGGUGGGCUUCCACGCUCUUCUCAGUGGACAGGGGUGCAGAGAAUGUGACUGUAUCCAGUCAGGAUCUGUGUCCGUGGCCUGUGAGGAAGAUGGGAGGUGCCAAUGCAUCCCAGGGGUGGCAGGGGACAAGUGUGACCGCUGUCAUCACAGUUACUUUAACUACCAGGGCAGCGGCUGUACACAGUGUGAGUGUGCCCACACCCAUGGCAACUGUAACGUGACGACAGGCGAGUGUAUCUGUCCUCCCCACACCAGAGGAGAGAAGUGUGAUCUGUGUGAGGAAGAUCACUGGGGUCACGACACUGUGACAGGAUGUAAGUCAUGUAACUGCAGUGAGAUGGGCAGCUAUGCCACAGAGUGUGGCAACACCAACGGGCAGUGCCAGUGCCGCUCUGAUUUCGCUGGGCAGAACUGUGACCGCUGUGCCAUGGGCUACAGGGGCUACCCAGAAUGCACGGUGUGCAACUGCAACAUCAAUGGCACCAGAGAGGAGUUCUGUGAUGAGGAACUGGGCGUGUGCAGCUGUGAGGCCCCAGGGAACUGUGUGUGCAAGGACAAUGUGGGUGGAGGUGGCUGUGAUGAGUGUAAGAAGGGAACCUUGGGCCUAUCUGUUUCUAACCCGGCCGGCUGCAGCCCCUGCUUCUGUUUCGGGGUCUCCUCAGACUGUGAGGAGCUGGGUGGGAUGGUCCGGGUGCCAAUCACAUUGGGUUCUGACCCAGAGCUGCUGCGUGUGGUCAGUCAGAGUGACCUCCAGGGCAGUGUAGUGGGGGUCUACUACCAGAACCCAGACAUGCUGCUAGACACUAGGGACAUAGAGACCCCCAGCCUGGCUGGACCCUACUACUGGAGGCUGCCUAAACACUACCAGGGAAACAAGUUGUUGUCGUAUGGAGGGAAGCUAUCCUACGUGGUGGCGUUCUAUGCUAUGGACGGGGCCGGCCUGGCCAACUACGAGCCUCAGGUCCUGAUGAGGGGGGGUCAUCUGGGGAAGCAGGUCAUCUACAUAGACAUGCCUGCCCCUGACAGCGGGGUAACAACUAGGCAGGACGUCCCACUGACUGAGCACAAGUGGAAGUAUUUCAACUCUGUGUCAGAGAAAGCUGUGAGUCACUCUGACUUCAUGGCAGUCCUGAGCCACAUUGAGUACAUCACCAUCAAGGCAUCGUAUGGUACAGGGCUGCAGCAGAGCAGAAUAUCCAAUAUCACUAUGGAUACGGCCCUAGAGGCGGAACAAGGGUUGGAGGAUAUGGAGUUGGCGAGUCUGAUCGAGAUCUGUGAAUGUCCAGCUGGCUACGCCGGACUGUCCUGCCAGGAGUGUGCCCCGGGCUACUACCGCCAACCCGUGACUGAGCUGAACAAGCGGGGGAAGAGACCCCUGAUCCAGCCGUGUGUGCCCUGCCGUUGUAACAACCACAGCCAGGCCUGUGACCUGGACACGGGAGAAUGUCUGGGCUGCCAACACAACACAGCAGGGGAGCACUGUAGCGUGUGUUCCUCGGGGUACUAUGGAGACGUGAAAGGCUCCGUCAGGGACUGCUCGCUGUGUGCCUGCCCCCUCAAAGAGAACAGCUUCAGUCCUACCUGUGCUCUAGAGGGAGUGGUGGGAGACUUCCGCUGCAACGCCUGCAAGCCCGGCUAUGAGGGGCGCUACUGUGAGAGGUGUUCAGUGGGUUACUAUGGGAACCCGUCUGGUCCAGGAGGGAGGUGUGAGGCGUGUCAGUGUAGUACUGCAGGUUCUCUCCAUCCAGCGUGUGACUCUCUGACGGGCCAGUGUGAAUGUAAAGCCGGGGUCAGGGGACGCCUGUGUGACCAGUGCGAGGCGAGACACGUCCUGGACGGGGACCAGUGUGUCUUGUGUGAUGAUGAGUGUAGCAGGGUGCUCCUGGAUGACCUGGAUGCAGUAGAGUGCUCCUUCCUGUCUGUCAACCUGACCGGGGUCAUCCUGUCACCCUACAGCACACUGGUCAACUUGGAGAACGACACGCAAGAGGUCAAGACUCUGAUGUCUUCGUAUAGGAGCCCAGACUAUCACCUGACCAGGGAUGAGGAGGACAUGACAAACCUCACCCAGGACAUAGACGGACUGCUACAGAAGGCUAUGGGUGUGUCUGCUGAUGGAGAGGAAGUGGCCCGGUCCACAGAGAACAGCGUUACCCAGGGGGCCGAGCUUCUGGAGUACAUCAACACCAUUCAGACUGCUAUACAAGCCCUGGCGGAGCAAGCUGGCCAUCUGAACAGGACAGACAACGUGGAGAUGAACGAGGCUAAGAGCAGACGGCUAAUGAAGCAGGUGGCGGCCAUGUUGGAAACAAUCAGAGUGGUCGACUUAGCCCAGACCAACGCCAGCGUCUCUACAGAACUCUGGGCUGCCGAGGCUCUCCUCCAGCGGGUGCAGAAGCACCUCCAGGAGCCCCAGGGAGUGAUAGAGUCCCAGACCCUCAACAUCUCCAGCAGUCUGACCCAACACCAACAGCAGCUAGUGGACGCCCAGGCCCUUCUGAACACUGCCAGGGAGAACAACAACCACACACACACCCUGCUGGGCAGCAUCAACACCAAUCUGCCACAGUACCAGGGUCUGAGGCAGAAUGUGGGCCGGCUGAACCAGACGGCAGAAACACAACUGGAGGAGACUCAGGACAUACUGGCUGAUGCUGUCAAUCUGGCAGAGGACAUGAGCAACGGCACCUCUCAACUGGAGGGGGCCAAGGAACAGCUGGAGCAGUGGAACCCCAUGUUGAGGAAGCAUGUGGAUGCUCUGGUGAUGGAGCUGAGGAAGCAAGAGGCUCUGGAGCUGGUCUACAAGGCUGAGGACCACGCCCAAGAACUGAGCAAGAAGGCCCAGGCUCUGCAGAGUUCUCUAGCGGAGGUGAUGAAUACCACUCUGAAAGCCACCAGUGCAGCGCAUGCCAACUCUAACAUCAGAGUUAACAUCCAGCCUGCAGAGCAGAUGGCUAACCGAGCCAUCCUGACUGCUGCUAUGGCCCUCAACAUGACGGCCCAGCAAGAGGUGUCACUUACUGAUCUGGGAUCUGAGGCUGUGCAGUGUAGUGCUAAGAUACUGGCUGAGUGUCUGGCCCUGAACAACAGCACUGGGGGCUCCAGUGAGCAGGUGCUGGAGGCCAAAGCGCAGGCUGCCAUGGCCAACUCCUCCCUGCAGAGGGCACUGGAGCACCUGGAGGAGCUCAGGGUCAGACUGGAGGAGUCCAGCAAGGCAGUGGCCCAGGCCAAAACCAGCGUCUCCAACACAAACCAGCUGUUCUCUGACUCACACUCAACUGCCAGGACUGCUGAGUCUAAGCUGAAUGAGGCAGAGAGUCGUACCGAGAGGCUGUAUGACCGUCUUAAACCCCUGAAGACCCUGCGGGAAAACCUGAGCAGAAACCUGUCUGAGAUCAGAGAGAUGAUCAACCAGGCCCGCAAACAGGCUGCCUCGAUCAAGGUGUCAGUGCUGGCAGACAAAGACUGUGUGAGGGCCUACAAGCCUGAGAUGUCCUCCAGUAACUUCAACACUCUAACUAUGACCGUCAAGACCAGCGAGCCUGACAACCUGCUCUUCUAUAUGGGCAGCAGCUCCAGCGUGGACUUCAUGGCAGUGGAGAUGCAUCGCGGCAAGGUGGGGUUCUUGUGGGAUGUGGGUUCAGGCCACGCCAAACUGGAGUACCCCGACAUCCAGAUCAACAACAACAAGUGGCAUCGCAUCAACGCCACACGCUUUGGGAGGCACGGCACGCUGUCAGUCCACCAGCUGGAGUCAGACCCCCUGCCCGCGGUCAAGACCACCUCACCACGCUCUGCUACGGUCCUGGAUGUCAACAAGUUUACCCUCAUAUUUGUUGGUGGCCUGGGAGGCCAGAUCAAGAAGUCCUCCGCAGUGAAGAUGACCCAGUUCAAGGGCUGUGUGGGGGAGGUGUCGCUCAACGAGAAGAACAUCGGGCUGUGGAACUACGCCGAGAGGGAGGGCCAGUGUCGCGGCUGCUUCAUGAGUCCGCAGACGGAGGAGACGUCCUUCCACUUUGAUGGCAGUGGCUACUCGGUUGUAGAGAAACCCCUCCGCUCCACCUCCACCUCCAUCGUACUGCUGUUCAAGACCCUCUCCCCCAACGGCCUGCUGCUCUACCUGGCCUCCAAUGCCACGAGGGACUUCCUGUCCAUUGAGCUGGUGGAGGGCCAAGUGCAUCUAACCUUUGAACUUGGCUCUGGUCCUCUGACCCUCUCCUCCAACAAAGCCUAUAACACUGGCAGCUGGUACAAGAUCACCCUGCAGAGGAACAAACGCAAAGCUUAUAUAUCUGUGAUGGCUGCAGACAACUCAUCAGACAAAGAGAUUAUAGAGGCAGAGUCUCCUGGCUCCGCCUCUGAUCUCAACCGUUCCGACCUGGACCCAAUCUACAUCGGGGGACUGCCCAUGUCUCGACCUAUCAGGAGACAAGUAGUAGCACGGUCCUAUGUGGGCUGCAUCAAAAACAUGGAGAUCGCCCGCUCCAACUUUGACCUUCUCCGAGACUCCUAUGGUGUCAAGAAAGGCUGUGUGUUAGAGCCAAUCCGCAGUGUGUCUGUACUGAGAGAGGGCUAUGUGGAGCUGCCAUCAAUGUCUCUUGGCUCCCAGGGGGAGCUGCUGGCCUCCUUCUCCACCCGCAACCACACUGGCAUCAUCCUGGCAGGCUUCAGCAAGGCAGGCACCCGCAAACGCAGACAGGCACGCCAGCCCAUCCUGGCGGUCAUGCUGGUGUCGGGGCACUUGGAGGUUCACGUCAACAUGGUGGAGGGCGGGAGCAUCCACAAGGUUGUGGUCAAAUCACGCUCUGGGAGCUUCAGUGACGGACAGGAGCACUCUGUCAUCCUACAGAGGAACAGGAAGACGAUGACUGUACUGGUGGAUGAGGACCACCAGGAGACAGUGCGCCUGUCCUCGGAGAAGGCCUCUCUGACCUUCUCCUCUCUGUACAUGGGUGGCCUCCCGCCAGAAGAGGGCGCCGGACUGCUACGAACCACUUCCUCCUUCUACGGCUGCAUCAGGAACCUGGCCCUGGACGCCAAGUUGUUGGACCUGUCAGCUGCAGUGAAGUACCACAAUGUGGACAUGGACAGCUGUCUAUUGGAGGAGAGGCCUAAGAGGGUCCUACUACCUGAUGACACUGACCUGGAGGCCGAGCCCACCCUGGACCCUUCCAGACCCCAUCCACCACCGCCCACUCAGCUCAGCGCUCUCACCCCCGGCACGCUCACGUGUGCAUCGAUGGACAACAGCACAUCCCUCCCAGAGGCCAAUCAGUUUGGCAUCUCCAGACACAGUCAUAAGGUCCUCAACAUCAACCCCAACACAGUGAGGAGGAGUUUCUCUCUGGAGCUGUCUGUGCGUACCUUUGCCCAGAGUGGUUUGAUCUACUACAUGGCUCAUGCCAACCAGAUGGACUACGCCACUCUGCAGCUGCUAGGGGGUCGUCUGUUCUUCACCUGUGACAAGGGCAGUGGCCCCGCCACCGCCUCCUUCCCUGUGCCGGUCAACGACGGCCAGUGGCACACAGUGAAGACUGACUUCAAUAAGAAGAGUGUGGUAAUCAGUGUAGACAGCCAGGCGUCAGCUCCAGUGCUGGCUAAAGGCAACACUCUGGAUGUAGAGAACAAGCUGUACCUGGGAGGACUGCCCCAUACCUACACCGCCAAGAAGAUAGGCAACGUGACCCACAGCUUGGCGGGCUGCAUCCAGAAGGUGAUCCUGAACAGCGUUGAACUUGACACCCAGAGUCCAGUGUCUGAACACUUGACUGCUCACUGUUUCACUGCAGCCCAGGACGGGACCUUCUUCAGUGGGAGCGGAUAUGCUGCUCUGAUGAAAGAGGGGUACAAGGUGGGUUCAGACGUGACGGUGGCGCUGGAGUUCCGCAGCACGGCGCCUGACGGGGUCCUCCUGGGGGUCAGCAGCGCCAAGGUGGACGCCAUCGGCCUGGAGCUUGCCAGCGGACAGGCGGUGUUCCACGUGAACAACGGCGCCGGGCGGGUGUCGGCCACGUCGCGGCUGGGCCGGUGGCUGUGUGACGGCCGCUGGCACACCCUGCUGGCCAAGAAGACCAAGAACGCUCUUAGUCUGAGCGUGGACGGGGUCACGGUGCUCACUGACAACCCCCACCCCCAGUCUACCUCCGCUGAGACGAAGGACCCAAUCUACGUGGGAGGCUUCCCUGUUGGAGUGAAACAGAACUGCCUGACUUCCAGAUCGUCAUUCCGUGGUUGUAUGCGUAACAUCCGCCUGAUCAAGGGCCACGUGAUCGACAUCCUGGACUUCAGUACCGCAUUCACCCUCCAGGGAGUGUCUCCACACUCCUGCCCCGCCACAUAAUCUCACCAUGAUAAUACCACAACCAUGCCAAACCAUAUCUAAUGCUAUGACCCUAAAAAAAAAAAACUGACCAAUGAAAUUACUGUGUACUUUUGACUCCCCCAAAUGAAUUUGACAGUAGAAUGUCUUAUGUUCUAGAAAAUGUAUAUUUGUUAAUAAAAUAAGUAAGCCAUC